AGUUUAUCUGUGAAAUAUCCCCCUCGUGUUGUCGUGGUGCGAGCAGCCAUGAGCGACGAGGUGCGCUGCUUGAAGGCUCAGCUCGAGGAGAAAGAGAAAGAGAUCGCUGCUCUCAAGAAUAAACUGGAAACGAGCCAUGCCUCAGUGCUGCAGCUGCAUGAGAAAGUGACCCCACUGAGCCCCCUGAAGGCCAAGGCGGCCCUCAGCAACCAGGACAUCCGGAGGUACAGCAGACAACUCCUCCUGCCCGACCUGGGUGUGCGAGGUCAGCUUAAUUUGUCCCAGACCUCCGUGCUGAUUGUGGGCUGCGGAGGACUGGGCUGCCCCCUGGCACAGUAUCUUGCUGCCGCAGGCAUCGGGCGCCUGGGCCUGCUGGACUACGACGAGGUGGAGCUCAGCAACCUGCACAGACAGGUGCUUCACGGCGAGGAGAACCAGGGCCAAGCCAAGGCUCUGUCUGCUGCCAACGCCAUCAAACGGUUGAACUCCACAGUGGAGUGCAUCCCGUACCACCUGCAGCUCUCGCCGGAGAACGCCCUGCAACUCAUUCAGCAGUAUGACAUCGUGGCGGAUUGCUCGGACAACGUCCCCACUCGCUACCUGGUGAACGACGCGUGCGUGCUGGGGGGUAAGCCCCUGGUGUCGGCCAGCGCCCUGCGGAUGGAGGGACAGCUGACAGUAUAUAACUACCGCGGAGGCCCCUGCUACAGAUGUCUGUACCCGGUGCCCCCGCCCCCGGAGACGGUGACCAACUGCUCCGACGGAGGGGUGUUAGGAGUGGUUCCGGGGAUAAUGGGCUGCUUCCAAGCGUUGGAAGUCCUCAAGAUUGCCUCUGGACAAGGCUCUUCCUGCGGCCAGCAGCUGCUGAUGUUUGACGCUCAGGACGCCCGAUUCCGGUCCAUCAAGCUGCGGCCCAAGCAGGCGGGCUGUGCGGUGUGCGGCGAGAGGCCCGCUGUGACCCGGCUGGUGGACUACGAGGCUUUCUGCGGCUGCGCUGCCACAGAUAAGUGCCGCAAACUCGACCUGCUUUCCAGAGACCAGAGGAUUUCGGUGCAGGAUUAUAAAUCUAUAAUGGACAAUGCAGAGCCCCAUCUGUUGUUGGACGUGCGCCCUCUUGUGGAGGUGGACAUAUGCCACUUGCCGCUCUCCCUCAACAUUCCCCUGGCAAGCCUGGAGGAGAGGAAGAGCGAACAUCUCCGAUUACUCCAGGAGCGAAUCAGCCAGCUGAAGCAGCAGAUGGAGGGUGACCGCCGGCCUCCAGUGUAUGUGAUCUGUAAGCUGGGUAACGACUCUCAGAAGGCAGUGCAGCUUGUGGAGAAGAUGAGUGGAUCAGAAGUGGACAGUGUCUCGGUGAAAGACAUCAGCGGAGGCCUCAUGGCUUGGGCAAAGAGAAUAGACCCCACAUUUCCACAGUAUUAAUCUAUUUUAAACCAUUUUCUAUAUCAAUAAAGUCAGUUUUUUUCUGCA